UAUCGAAGUAGGGGUUUUGGCUUGCCAAUGAUGGGCGAUAGAAGCAGCAUCCAUGGCUGCCGUGUUCUUCCUUUCUUGAUUCUAUUCACCAUCAAAUUUUCUCAUUCAGCAGACACCCUGUUGCCAAACCAGUCAAUUAAAGAUGGAGAGACACUAGUUUCUGCCAACCGGACCUUUGCACUCGGAUUCUUCAGCCCAAGCGGUUCGCUCAAUCGCUAUGUUGGGGUAUGGUAUCACAAGCUUCCAGUGCAGACGGUGGUAUGGGUUGGCAACCGCGGACUGCCGGUGUUCGAUACCUCUGGCUACCUUACCAUUGAUGGGAAAGGCAAUCUGAUCAUUUUGGAUAGCAUUGGGAGAUCGAUCACCAUAGCAUCCAACUCUGGAGCAACCAAUCUCACUGCUGCUACACUAACAGACACCGGCAAUCUUGUUCUCAAAGAAUGGAGUGAUGGAAGAGAAGGACAAGCCUUGUGGCAGAGCUUUGACAAUCCUACUGAUACACUGAUUCCUGGCAUGAGAAUGGGAAUGCAUGGAAAGCAGAAUCGGUUUCUCACAUCAUGGACAAGCUCAGAAGAUCCAGCUCAAGGUGACUUCUCUGUCGGGAUCGAUCCCAACGGCACUAAACAGUUCAUCAUCUGGAGGAAGGGUCAGGUCUACUGGAAGAGUGGGGUCUGGACUGGGAAGAACUUCAGCUCGGUCCCUGAAAUGACACCAACUUACUACAUCUAUUUCAGCUACAUGCCGACUUGGAAUGGCGAUUUCUAUUCUUAUUCUCUCAAUGACAGUUCUAAACCGACAAGAACCGUGAUGGAUUUUUCAGGGCAGAUCAAGCAAGUAGCUUGGGUAGAAACCUCACAGGAGUGGGUACAAUUCUGGGCUGGACCGACGAAUUAUUCAUGCGAGAUUCCCACUAGCUGCGGAGCUAAUGGCCUCUGCAACAACUAUACUACUCCCACAUGCAAUUGUUUGGAUGGGUUUGAGCCUAAGUCUGAUCUUGCAUGGAAUUCAGGGAACUGGGCUGGAGGAUGUGUGAGAAGAGAGAUGCUAGAAUGUGGAAAUGGAGAUGGAUUUUUACAGCUGAAAGGGGUUAAGUUGCCAAUCUUCUUCUUGGACACUGGCGUUUCAAGCAUCGGCAUCGAGGACUGUAAGGCGAAGUGUGCGCCGAACUGCUCCUGCACAGCUUAUGCUUCAGCACAUGAGAAUGGAACUGGCUGCUUGUUAUGGUUUGGGGACCUAUUGGGUCUCCAAGCUCACCAUGUUGCCACUCAAGACCUCUAUGUUCGUUUGGCAGCUUCGGAGCUCAACCCCGCUGCAGAUAAUGGACGCAAGCAAAAGCUUUGGAUAGCAAUCAUCAUGCCAGUUUCAGUGGUGAUAAUUUUGUUACUGGGUGUUUUCUUAUACUGUUGGCAUAGGAAAAAGCUCCAAUUGAAAGCCAAGCAAGAACUGAGCCAGGAACUUCAAUUACUAGGAACAGAUAAUAUUGCAGCAGCAUCUCAUAAACUCAGUGAAGGACCAAUUGAUGGCGAAGGCGAGAAAGUUCCUGAUUGUCCUCUGUUCAGUUUUUCUACCUUAUUAGCAGCAACUAAUAACUUCUCUGCUUCUAAUAAACUUGGAGAGGGUGGUUUUGGGCCUGUCUACAAGGGUAUGCUGGAGGGACAUGAACUAGCGGUAAAAAGGCUUUCAAGAAGUUCGGGACAAGGAGUGGUGGAGUUCAGAAAUGAGAUAUCUCUUAUUGCCAAUCUCCAGCACAGAAAUCUUGUUAGGCUUCUUGGUUAUUGCAUUCAAGGGGAAGAGAAGUUGUUGAUCUAUGAGUACAUGCCCAACAAGAGCUUGGACAUCUACAUCUUUGAUCCAAUCAAGGGAGCAGAAUUAGACUGGAAAAAGCGUCUUGACAUCAUUGAAGGGAUUGCUCAAGGGCUUCUUUAUCUCCACAAGUACUCGAGACUCAGAGUUAUUCAUAGAGAUAUGAAAGCCAGCAACAUACUUCUGGAUGGUGAAAUGAACCCGAAGAUAUCGGACUUUGGAACGGCAAGGAUCUUUGAAAGGAAUGAAUCACAGGCGAAUACAAACAGGGUGGUCGGUACAUAUGGUUACAUGUCUCCUGAGUAUGCAAUGGAGGGCCUCUUCUCCGAGAAGUCCGAUGUUUUCAGCUUUGGUGUUCUGCUUUUAGAGAUUCUCAGCGGCAAGAAGAACAGAAAUCUUCAUUGGCAAAACCAAUCUCUAAACCUUCUUGGAUACGCCUGGGAACUAUGGAAAGAAGGGAACAUCUUGGAGCUGAUGGACCCAUUGUUAGGUGACCUCUGCCAUUUGGAAGGGUACUCAAGAUGCAUUCAAGUGGCUCUUCUGUGUGUGCAAGAUGUCCCUGAAGACAGACCAACCAUGUCAGAAGUUGUUUCCCUGCUGAGUAAUGAAAGCAUAUCUCCGAAAAGUCCUAAAAAACCUAUUUUCUCUUUUGGAAGAACUAUGGAAAUAGUUUGUCUGCCUUCGAGCACGAGAGAGGAAUGCACUGCAAAUGAUAUAACUGUUUCAGCUAUGGAAGGUAGAUAGAACUACAUUCCUCAGGUCUUUGUUUAUUUCAUGUUAGUCGCAACAAAAUGAAUGGAAUUUGUUUAUUAAUUUCUUCCCUAUUCAAUCUUUCGUA